UGGUGGCAGAGGACACCCGUGGCUGAAGGAGUUCGCUGAGGGACCCUCAAGGCUUGUGAGCAGGGACCCGCAGUGCGGGUUAUGCUGGGGGCUUGGAUCAUCGUGGACAAUGGACAACCAGGACAGCACCAUGGAAAAAUGGCAGGACGACCAUGAAGAGGGGCUGGAGGACACUCUGGAACAGGAGGAAUAUGAGGAACAGGACCCGUAUGUCCCCAUGGUUCAGGUGGAGGAGCCAGUAGCUUACCCCACUGAGCCGACAGCCACAGAUGAGGACACCGUAACACACCCAGACACCACACCACGUGCAGGUACCCAUGAGAUCUAUGUGGAGUUGCAGGAACUGGUGAUGGAUGAGAAGAACCAGGAGUUGCGGUGGAUGGAGGCAGCGCACUGGGUGCGGCUGGAGGAGAACCUGGGGGAGGACGGGGUCUGGGGCUCCCCACACCUGUCCUACCUCACCUUCUGGAGCCUCCUGGAGCUGCAGAAAGCCUUCGUCAAGGGCACUGUCCUCCUGGAUCUGCCAGAGACCUCCCUAGCGGGAGUGGCCAACCAGCUGCUGGAUCAGUUUAUCUACGAGGAGCAGAUUCGGCCUCAGGACCGAGACCUCCUGCUCCGGGUCCUGCUGCUCCAGCACAGCCACGCCGGAGACCUGGAGGCCCUGGGGGGUGUGAAGCCCGCGGUUCUGAUGCGUUCUGGGGACCCCUCACAGCCUCUGCUCCCCCAGCAACCCUCAUUAGAGACGCAGCUCUUCUGUAAACAGGGAGAGGGGGGCACAGAGGAUUCACCAUCUAGAAUUCUGGAAAAGAUUCCCCCAGAUUCGGAGGCCACCCUGGUGCUAGUGGGCCGAGCGGCGUUCCUGGAGCACCCGGUACUGGGCUUCGUGCGGCUGCAGAUGGCCACAGAGCUGGACGCUGUGGGGCUGCCUCUGCCUGUACGCUUCCUCUUCGUGUUGCUGGGACCCGAGGCCCCCAACACCGACUACACCCAGCUGGGUCGGGCUGUUGCCACCCUCAUGUCGGAGCGGGUGUUCCGCACUGAUGCCUACCUGGCCCAGACCAAAGAGGAGCUAGUCCGCAACCUGGACUGCUUCCUGGACUGCAGCCUUGUGCUGCCGCCCUGCGAAGUCCCCUCAGAGCAGGCCCUGCUCAGUCUGGUGCCCGUCCAGAAGGAGCUGCUGCGGAGGCGUUACCUGCUCAGCCCCGCCAAGCCGGACCCCCACUUCUACAAGGGCCUAGAUUUGAAUGGGGGACCCGGGGGCCCUGGUGAGUCCGAUGACCCUCUGCAGCGAACAGGCCUGCUCUUUGGGGGCCUGGUGCGUGACAUCCGGCGCCGCUACCCCCUCUACUUGAGUGACAUCACAGACGCGUUCAGCCCCCAGGUCCUGGCCGCUGUCAUAUUCAUCUACUUUGCUGCCCUGUCACCUGCCAUCACCUUCGGCGGCCUCCUGGGAGAAAAGACCCAGAACCAGAUGGGGGUGUCGGAGCUGCUCAUCUCCACCGCAGUGCAGGGCAUCCUCUUCUCCCUGCUUGGGGCUCAGCCCCUGCUUGUGGUUGGCUUCUCAGGACCCCUGCUUGUGUUUGAAGAAGCCUUUUUCUCGUUCUGCACUAGUAACAACCUGGAGUACAUCGUGGGUCGUGUGUGGAUCGGCUUCUGGCUCGUCCUGCUCGUGGUGCUUAUGGUGGCUUUCGAGGGCAGCUUCCUAGUUCGCUUCAUCUCCCGCUACACCCAAGAGAUCUUUUCCUUCCUCAUCUCCCUCAUCUUCAUCUAUGAGACCUUCGUCAAGCUGGUCAAGAUCUUCCAGGACCAUCCACUGCAGAGGUAUUAUGACUACAAUAUGACAAUCAUACCCAAACCUCAGGGUCCCCUGCCCAACACAGCCCUCCUCUCUCUUGUGCUCAUGGCUGGCACCUUCUUCUUCGCCAUGAUGCUGCGCAAGUUCAAGAACAGCUCCUACUUCCCUGGCAAGCUGCGACGGGUCAUUGGGGACUUCGGGGUCCCCAUCUCCAUUCUGAUCAUGGUCAUGGUGGAUUUUUUCAUCACGGACACCUACACCCAGAAACUCAGUGUGCCUAGAGGCCUCUCAGUGUCCAACGCCUCAGCCCGGGGCUGGGUCAUCCACCCACUGGGCUUGUAUUCGCCUUUCCCCAUCUGGAUGAUGUUUGCCUCUGUCCUUCCUGCCCUGCUGGUCUUCAUCCUCAUCUUCCUGGAGUCCCAGAUCACCACGCUGAUUAUCAGCAAACCAGAGCGCAAGAUGGUCAAGGGCUCUGGCUUCCACCUGGACCUGCUGCUGGUCAUAGGCAUGGGCGGUGUGGCUGCCCUCUUUGGGAUGCCCUGGCUCAGUGCCACCACCGUUCGUUCAGUCACCCACGCCAAUGCGCUCACUGUCAUGGGCAAGGCGAACAUCCCGGGAGCUGCCCCCCAGAUUCAGGAGGUCAGGGAGCAGCGGAUCAGUGGGCUUCUGGUCGCUGUGCUCGUGGGCGUGUCCAUCCUCAUGGGGCCCAUCCUGUCCCUCAUCCCCCUGGCUGUGCUGUUUGGCAUCUUCCUCUACAUGGGGGUCACGUCCCUCAGCGGCAUCCAGUUAUUUGACCGCGUCUUGCUUCUCUUCAAGCCGCCCAAGUACCAUCCGGAUGUGCCCUACGUCAAGCGGGUAAAGACCUGGCGCAUGCACUUAUUCACGGUCAUCCAGAUCCUCUGCCUGGCAGUGCUGUGGACAAUGAAAACCUUCCCGACCACCUCCCUGACCCUGCCCUUCAUCCUCAUCCUCACUGUGCCUCUGCGCCGCCUCUUGCUGCCACUCAUCUUCAGGAAGCUGGAGCUCCAGUGUCUGGAUGCUGACGAUGCCAAGCCGACCUUCAAUGAAGAGGAAGGUCAGGAUGAAUACAAUGAGGUGCACAUGCCCGUGUGAGGGGAAGGUGUGAGCCUCAGAGCCCCCUCCACCCUCCCACUUCCCCACUCUCCCAGGAAAAGCAGAAGUUUAUGGGUAUCUCAUCGACUCUCAGAUCCCUCCUGGGGUAGCAUCUGGAGCCCUGGGGUUGUGGGUGGCGGAUGGAAGGGGUUUCCAGGCAACCUUCCACGAGGGAUAAACCAAGUUUAAUGGCUGGAGAUGGUCAGUAGGGUCCACACUGUGGGGAAUUUACUGUUAGUCCCUCCCGCUGCCACCCUGCCACGUGAAGCUCCCGAAUUGGAGGACUUGGAGCCCAGUCAACCUCUUCACAGCACAGACGGGGCAGUAGCUAGGGAGAUAGAGGAGGUGGGGUUCAAGUUCUUGCAUGCUAUUUGACCUUGGGCAAGCCCCUUGACUUCUCCAGCCUCUGCUUCCUCUUCUGUAAAAUGGGUAUAUUUAUAAUAAUACCCAUGUUACAGAAUGGUUACUGAGGACCAAAGAUAAAUGUGAAAAGGGGGCCUUGACAGCUUUGAAAGGGCUAUCAUACGGUAGUCGCCAUGCUUCUUCAGGUCGGCUCAGGGUCACACACCUCCUGAGCCAUACAGCUGGGAUUUGAACCAGGUCUUCUGACUCUGAGGCCGGAGCCCUAUGCUCUACCUCAGUCACCUACCUUCCCAUGCCUAGAGAUGCUGACUCCCUGCUGACUGCUCCCCUCCCCUCUCUGUUCCCACCCCCACCCAGGGACCCUCUUCUCUGGGGCAGAGGGAGGUGUCCUGGUGAGGACAAGGUGUGGGUGAGGAUACAAUCAGGGCUGGGACUCAGGACUCCACAGUGCUCACUCCUUCCUGCCAUGCUCACACUCAUUCACACACUCAUUCCACAAACAUUUACAGAGGGCCCCAGACCCCACAGAUACAGACAGAGGCACCU